AUGACUGCCACCGUACGGGCUCGCACCACCACCCUCACCACCUCUGCAAUCUCAAGCAGAAAACGAACAUCUCACACCGCAAAAGCAACAAAAGCCAACCCCAAACCAGCCCUCACCACAACCCCUAAACCCCCCUCCAACCCCAUCUCCACAAACCAAUCCCAAUCCCAAUCCCAAUCCAUAGACCCAGCCCUCCUCCCCACCCUUCGCCGCCUCACAACCCACCCCUCCCUGACCCCCCACCAACGCAAAGUCUACCGCACCCUCCUCUCCAUACCCCGCGGCCGCUGGACGACCUACGCAACCCUAGCUUCCCACCUCUCCUCCUCCCCCCGCGCAAUCGGCAACGCCAUGCGCACCAACCCUUUCGCCCCCGACGUGCCGUGCCACCGCGUGUUGGCGUCGGAUCGCACAGUCGGCGGGUAUAAAGGGAAGUGGGGGAGUGGGGGGGACUAUGCGACGGAGAAGGUGGGGUUGCUGAGGGGGGAGGGGGUUGUUUUUGAUGGGAAGGGACGUGUGGUGGGGGAAUGUUUUGGGGAGUUUUGGGAGGUGGUGGGGGAAGGGGGAGAGGGAGGGGGUGGUUGA